AUGGACGGAGCAGGAGUUCUUUCGCAAAUCCGAGACCUUCAAUCCGUCAUAGACGGGUUUCAGCUGGACUGUGAGAGCUCUCAAUACAAUUCGGAAGAUAUGAACGAAACAUACCUGUCUGAAGCACCUACCGCUCUGACUAGAAGUCGACAGCUGAACGACCCGGAUAGCGAAAUGGUAGACUGUACCUUAAAGGAGCAACCGAAUGAAGUAGAUACUGAAUCUCAAACAAGUGAAGAUCUUACUUUCGAAAGCUGUGACGAUUUGAAUGAUCUGCUUGAAGCUGCUUUAGCCGAGGCCAACGGAGACGUAAUGUUGUUGGACGAUAUCUUGAGUGCAACAACUUCUUCGGUAAAAGGAUGUGACAAAAACGGUACGGAAGCACAACAACCAAUUCAACAAACGUCUGUAGAGUUUGAAAAAGUUCCAUGUAGCAUAGAUGAAAUUUCAUCAGUGCCUGAGGUAUCGGAAGCGAACAUGUCCAUACCUGAAACGGAAAAGGUAGUCGAUUCUGUAGCUUCCAUAGACGACAUCGCAGCUACGCCAAAAGAAAUUGCUGCCAAGGUACCGGAAAAGCAGAAUUUAGCUAAUACACUUGACGGGUUAUCAAAGGAAAUCGAUUUUGGCAUAUCGGAAACCUUGGAGGCAGUCAUUAUACCCGUCGAGCUGCCAAAAGCCACUGAUACCGGCAUUGCGGAAGACUUGGAGACGAUCACUACACCCACAGAGCUAUCAAAAGAUCCAUUUGAUAACAAACUAGAACUUCGAUUAUCUACAGAUUUCAGUGCACUCUUACAAGAGUUUUCCUCUAAAGAAUAUCCAGUCUCCCCAGUUACUGUCAAAUCCACAUAUUUCGAGCGAGAGAAGAGCGAACGCUUUGAAUUUAGCCAAGAGGACCUCGAAAACAUUAGCAAGCAGAAAAGAGAGGUUUUGACGGGUGCUGUAUGGAGAAGACAAGUUGUGAAUAAUGGAGAUAAGUCAGCCAUUAAAAAAGUUCCAGAAAGCUUAGAAUCGAUACCAUUGGCUACAAAUGCUCAUCAACCGAUCAAAAAUACAACCGUUAUUCGUCCGUAUGUCAAGUCCAACAAGAAAUCAUCAGCUACUGUGCAGACCCAAGGAGACGAUGGAGCACCAGAAAUUACAGUCACUGCCGAAGAGGAAGAUAGCAUCUUGCAGAGAAGAGGCAGCUCAGACCAUCAGUCCAGAUCGUACGAACAAAUGCGACACAUUGACGAUAUUUGUGAUCGAAUAUCGCUAUAUGAUGAUUAUUUUCGAGAGUGUAUAAAUGCUAAAACUGGCCUAAUCAAGUGGACGCAGUCGGUCAAGAACAAGGACAAGCCAUCACCUAUGACAGAAGGUUACGAACCUCCAUCUAGAAAUGCAGACCUUGGUAAAUCUAUCCAUAGAUCUAAAAGCAAUUUAAUGGUAGUUACAUCGUCCACGAGUAUGAAUGCUUUGCGUCGAUCCAUCAUGAAGAUACCCAAGCCUAUUGAACCAAGUCGAAAGUCGGCUGGAGUUACAGGUCCCUUUUCACCUUCACCAAAUGGUGACAGCUGGUUGGAGAGUUUAUCUACUCCACGUAUCAAAGAACGAGCCAAGUCCUUUUUGAACUUUCGAAACUUGGCGCCAUCGCGAGGCUUCUCAACCCCGAAUUUGCGCAUGAUAUCUGGUGCGAGUCAGGGAAUAUUUAAUGGCAGGAACAGGCAAAUAUCGCCAAUGGGAGGACCUAUUCCUACGGGCCGUCAGAAUCGUAUAGUUAAGUUCUCAAAGGAAGAGAGUGAUGAUGUAUUUCAAAGUUCCAUGCUUCCGCCAGCAGUAGAAAUAAGACAUGGCAAUCAGCGACGCUGA